AUGAAGUUCGAUCUUCCGCUGCUGAACUACGACACGCGGUUCUCGCUAUGGCAAGUCAAGAUGCGGGGGAUUCUGGCGCAGACUCAUGAUUAUGAUGAGGCGCUGGAUAGUUUCGGAAAGAGGAAGGCCGAGUGGACUCCAGAAGAGAUCCGCAAGGAUCAGAAGGCGCUCGCCCUAAUUCAGUUGCAUCUUCAUAAUGAUAUUUUGCAGGAGUGUCUGAAAGAGAAAACUGCUGCAGAACUAUGGCUGAAACUGGAAUCGAUCUAUAUGUCCAAGGAUCUAACCAGUAAGAUGCAGAUGAAGAUGAAGCUAUUCACUCUGAAGAUGAAGGAGGACGAUUCAGUGAUGAGCCACAUCGCUGAAUUCAAGAAGAUCGUCGCCGACCUAGUGUCGAUGGAGUAUGCAAAUUUUCGUGACACCAUACUCUUGAGCCGUGAUGAACUAACCCUAAAGGAAGUUUAUGAGGCUCUCCGAUCUAGGGAGAAGAUGAGAGGCAUGGUGCGUAAUGACGACGUCGUCCUCCAAGGGCGAUGCUUUGCAUGUGAGAGGCGAAUCGAAAAAGAUCCUCCAAUGAUGGCAAUGAUGGUAGAAAGAACUACGAAAGGAGAGGCUGUUCAAAGUCCAAGCCGCAUGAAAGGGGAUGUUGUGCGGAUGGGAGAUGAUAACCCGUGUGACAUUGUGGGGAUUGGAUCAGUUCAGAUCAAGACUGAUGAUGGCAUGACACGCACGCUGAAAAAUGUCAGGUAUAUACCAGGGAUGUCCAGAAAUCUUAUCUCAUUGAGCACGCUUGAUGCAGAAGGUUACAAAUAUUCCGGUUCAGAUGGCGUUCUGAAGGUAUCAAAAGGUUCUCUUGUUUGCUUGAAAGGUGAUCUUAAUUCUGCAAAGUUAUAUGUCCUUAGAGGGUGUACUUUACCUGGUUCUGAUUCCGCUGUUGCUGCUGUUACUAAUGAUGAACCUAGUAAAACUAACCUUUGGCAUAUGCGUUUGGGACAUAUGAGUCACCAUGGUAUGGCAGAAUUGAUGAAGAGAAACCUGCUGGAUGGCUGCACUUCGAGUAAAAUAAAGUUUUGUGAGCAUUGUAUUUUCGGGAAGCAUAAAAGGGUACAUUUCAACACUUCUGUUCACACCACUAAAGGUACUCUUGAUUAUGUUCAUGCUGAUUUAUGGGGUCCUUCCCGUAAGUCCUCACUUGGUGGUGCUCGUUACAUGCUUACAAUUAUUGAUGAUUACUCUAGAAGGGUUUGGCCUUAUUUUCUGAAACAGAAAGAUGAUACUUUUGCUGCUUUUAAGAACUGGAAAGUAAUGAUAGAAAGGCAAACUGAAAGGAAGGUAAAAUUGCUUCGUACUGAUAAUGGUGGAGAAUUUUGUUCGCGUGAAUUUAAUGAUUAUUGCAAAUCGGAAGGCAUUGUUAGGCAUCACACCAUACCCCAUACUCCACAACAGAAUGGUGUGGCCGAACGCAUGAACAGAACCAUCAUGUCCAAGGCCCGUUGCAUGCUGUCUAAUGCCAGGAUGAGCAAGCGUUUUUGGGCUGAAGCUGCUAAUACUGCCUGUUACUUGAUAAACAGGUCGCCUUCUAUUCCACUAAAUAAAAGAACUCCCAUUGAGGUAUGGUCUGGUACGCCUGCUGAUUAUUCACAGUUGAAAGUUUUUGGAUGCACUGCUUAUGCUCAUGUUGAUAAUGGAAAAUUAGAGCCUAGAGCUGUUAAGUGUCUUUUCCUUGGUUAUAGUUCGGGAGUCAAAGGCUAUAAAUUGUGGAAUCCUAAAACAGGAAAGACUUUUAUGAGCAGGAGUGUUGUUUUCAAUGAAUCAGUGAUGUUUCCUGACAGUUUGCCCUCAGAUCAUGUUCCAGAAAAGGAGCUGCAGCGUAUGCGCAUGCAGGUGGAGCAUGUUGAUGAUGAUACAGGUGUGCAGGUGGAGCCUGUUGAUGAGCAUGGUGACCAUGAUAAUGAUGUUGCUGAGGAUGAUGCUCAUGAUGAUGUUCAGCAAACUCCUCCUAUUUUGCAGUUAGAGGAGGAUUUACCUAUUGCUCAACGCAAGUCAAAAAGGACAAUUGCACCUCCUAAGCGUCUUAUUGAAGAGUGUAAUUUGUCUUACUAUGCUUUGAGUUGUGCUGAACAGGUGGAGAAUGUUCAUGAGCCAGCAACCUAUAAAGAAGCUAUUCGUUGUGGCAUGCUUAAUUCAAUUUUGGAAAGAAUAUCACUAGAUGUCACUCCUGAGGAUAAAAGUUACAGCUUGCCCUGGAUACCUGAUUUUGUCCCCAAAAUUGGCCUGGGCAUAAUUAGUAAUGGAUUUUUCAGCUGCUCGGGCACUGUUGCUGUUAGAAAUGCAGAGCAUCAGUCUUUUUGUUGUGCAUCUUUGGUGCAGGGACUAUGUUAUAUGAGAUGCCAUGGUAAUGUUGAUGUAUCAUUGUCUUCCAUAAGCUGCCUUCAAAGAUUAGUGCAGCUAUCCUGGUCUGUUGACAGAGUGAUCCAUGGAGCCAAAAAAAGUUGUUCUGAGUGUUUCAAUGAGUCUGGAACAGGUGUAGCUGGCAAGCUACUAGGAGAAGGUAUCUCCAGUUUAUGGCAUAAUGAUUUGCUACACUUGCUGACUUCGCUAUUGCCAAUGAUUUCAUCACAAUGGUCCAUAUCACAGAACAUAGAGAUGUUUGGUAGAGGAGGACCAGCUCCUGGUGUUGGGUUUGGCUGGGGGGCAUGUGGUGGAGGGUUUUGGUCUCUUAAAUGCCUACUUGCACAAUUGGAUUCGCAAUUGGUCGUAGAAUUGAUCAAAUGUUUCUCUUCAGUUCCAGGAAGUCCUGUCAUCCUCGAUGAAGGUGUGAAGUCAGAUAAUGUGACUAACACAAUUGUGACAGCUUCAAAUUGGAUCAGUUCUUCCCUAGGGUUGUCUUUGAUUGCCGGACCUGGACAAAUCUAUAUGUUGGAGAAAGCUUUUGAUAUGAUUUUUGAACCUUCCAUUCUGAAGUAUCUCAAAUCAUCUAUACACAAAUUUACCUCUGACAUGGAAUUACUGAAACCUUUUGAAUGGGGCAUAAAUGACGAUGAAUAUCUGCUCUUCAGCAGUGUUCUCAAUUCACAUUUCAGAUCCAGAUGGUUAGCCGUCAAGAAGAAGCAUUCAGAUAAAUACGCAGGAAAUAAUAGCAGCACUAAGAUUUCAAAAACACCAGAGACAUUGGAGACAAUUCAAGAAGAAACAGAGUUGACAGAAGCUGUAAAUCAACCUUGCAACACAUUAGUGGUAGAGUGGGCGCAUCAGAGACUGCCUCUUCCUAUCCAAUGGAUUCUAAGCGCAGUUUGCUGCAUUGAUGAUCCAAAAGGCACGCUCUCAACAUCAGCCAACUAUAUUCUUGAUGUCUCAAGGGCUGGUCUUAUCUUCCUUUUAGGAAUUGUAUGGCCAGCAUCUGACAGGUUAUGCCAGAAAUUCUGUAAAUCUAACUCUGUCGAGGAAGUUAAGGGUGUUGCAGUGGCCACUUCAGAGGAAGCAAUGGAGAUCAGUUGCCUCGAAAUUCUCAGGUUCCAGGAGAAAAUUCAUGGAAGCUAUACUACUUUUGUUGAGAGCCUAGUUGAUCAAUUUGCAGCUGUCUCAUAUGGAGAUUUUGUUUUUGGUCAGCAAGUGGCCAUUUAUCUGCAUAGAAAGGUUGAGCCAGCAGUACGGCUUGCAGCAUGGAAUGCACUGUCUAAUGCAUAUGUGCUUGAACUGUUACCCCCGUUGGACAAAUGCAUUGGCAACGCCCAAGGAUACUUGGAGCCUCUUGAGGAUGAUGAAAAUUUUUUGGAAUCUUAUGCUAAAUCAUGGACGUCUGGUGUCCUUGACAAAGCUUCACAGCGUGAUUCCAUGGCCUUCACAUUGGCAAAGCAUCAUCUUUCAGGCUUUGUCUUCCAGUCCAGCGAUUCUGGCAAAACGCUGGGAAACAAGCUGGUCAAAUCGCUUAUCCGGUGCUAUGCACAGAAGCGGCAUCAUGAGGCUAUGCUGAAGAGCUUUGUUCUGCAAGGCAUCGCACAGGAUUCCAAGAGCAGUGGCAAUGAGCUUGACCGGCGGUUUGAAAUCUUGAAGGAUGCUUGUGAGAUGAACUCCUCCCUCUUAGGUGAAGUCCAGAGACUGAAGGCAUCUCUUGGCCAAUGA